GAAAGAUGAACAUUUGUUUAAUUGUCGUAAGUUAUAAUGGCAACGGUAUACUCUGUCAAAAUCGACGAGUUUUCUAUAACUGUGUGCUUCAAUAUUAUUCUUAGAUUAUUUAUUUUUGAAUUGGCUUCGUUUUCGUGUGAAUUUCAGUCCUUCCGUGUCUGUUGUAAACUAUAAUCUAUAUUGCUUCAGUUUGCCUUUAUUUCUCCGUAUCAACAGCGUGUGGAGGGGAAACCGUAUCGCAGCAGAUUAAAUUUAUUGCUUCAUUUGCUUGUCACAGUAUCCCAACGUUUCGUUGAACUGAUUCUAUGAUGCAGUGGCCCAAAAGCAUUGCUCUGGUGUGGGACUUUGUUUUAAAAGUGUGUUACUCUCUAAGAGUCAUAUACUUUGUGACCUCUUAACAUUGGAUUUUCUUGUUAGUUUUAGGCUACGUGGAAUUGUCAAACAGCCCAAAAUUGUUUACAAUUUGUUUGACGUGAUCUGAGAACGUUUCACGUUGAAACGGGUGCUGUGUUUGCCCUGUGCCACAUUGAGGCAAAAUCGCGAAGAAGCAAUUAUGUUUGAUUUCAUUAGAGCUGGUCUUGACUGAGGUUAUUUCGCAAACGUUAGAAAUGAAUCGUAAUCGUGUGAUAAGCGUCGUAAUUGUGGGAGAUACCAAUACCGGUAAAAACUGCAUUUUCACCAAUUUUAAAGAGAAUUCCAAAGACUAUCCGCUAGAAUACGUUCCAACUGUAUUCGAUAACUCCUCAAAAACAAUCCAAGUGGAUGGCGUUUAUUAUCACGUUUCACUAUCCUACACUUCUGGCCAGACGGAAUACGAUGGACUGCGCAUUCUCUCCUAUCCAAGUACGGACGUGUUCCUACUUUGCUACGCCGUUAGCAAUCGAACAUCUUUCGAAAGCGUGCCAUCAAAAUGGAUUCCCGAAUUAAAACUACACUCCCCUCACACACCGAUCGUCCUUGUUGUUUAUCUAGGCACGAAAAUAGAUAUGCGUAAAGGUGGAUCAACCAGUACAGAUUGCGUAUCUAGUGCAGAAGGCAAAGAAAUGAGCAAAAAGGUCAGUGCUUUCAUCGAAUGCUCGGCCAAGACGGACGACAAUAUGCAAGAGGUUUUCCGGGAGGCGGUGCGAGCGGUGCGGUGCAAAUCAAAAAGAAGAGAAAACCUAAAACUUCCAUUAUGUGGCUGCGUUCCCUUGUAAAUCAUUUGAUACUGGGAUUACGCAAUACCCACGAUUCCCGAAUGUACAUGAUUUUGGGAUUGCUGAAGUUGUAAAAUUGAAAAGAUUUUGACUUCCCAAAACCCGAAUAUUUUUUCUUUCGAUCUCAAUAAAACGUAAUACAUUAACUAAGAUAAACGAA